AUGGAGGGAAUCUUCCGCGACCUCGAGGACCCGGUCCGCGAGGCGGCGGCAGGUAGCCUGCGAGAGUUUGUGAAUGUGGCGUUGAAGCGUGAGCGGGGAGAGUCGCUCACCGACUUUCUCAACUCAGUCUACGCCGCCAUCCAUGGUAUGAUGGUUGGUUCUGCACUGAGGCCUGCGUCCAAGCUCGGGGGCGUGCUGGCUAUUUCAGCACUGUUAGAAAUCGAGGUCGCCGACAAUGCGCUCAAGGUCACUCGCUUUGCCAACUUGCUCAAGAACUGUAUGCCCCGCUCUUCGCCCGAGGUGAUGGCGGCGGCGGCGGCAACGCUCGGAAAGCUCGUUGCCCGGUCCAACACCAUUCUACAGUCGGAUCUCAUUGUCGAGUUUGAGGUCAACCGUGCGCUCGAGUGGCUGAUGGUCUCGCGGGUGGCCGGCCACCGGCUGGCGGCGGUGCUCACGCUGCGGGUGCUUGUCCGUGCCGCGCCUGCGCAGUUCUUCAAGUAUACCACGCUCUUCUUCAAGGAACUCCGCCCGCUUGAUCUCUUUGACUGUGUGUGGGAGGGCAUCAUCGACGACGAUAUGGCCAUCCGCGAAGUUGCCGCAGAGCUCCUUGCCUCGAUUCUCCUUGCGCUCCAGCCGCGGUCUGCGGCCGGGCUGACCAACUUUGCGCGGCGGGCCUUUACCCGGGCGCGCAACACGCUCAUCUUUUCGUCGUCGGCCAUUCCCAAGAAGAAGCUCGCGGUGCUUUCAAACGAGCUCGAGCACUACUCCCACGUCUCUGCGGUCCUCGGCCCGUCGACCAUCAUCAUUGCCGACACGCCGACGGGCCUGACCCGACCAAACUCGCCGGCGCCUCCUGCAGGCGCGUCGAGCUCGGGUGGGCCGACGGUCAGCUCGUCGGUACUCAAGUCGCCGUCGGCGGUCCAUGGCGCGCUCAUGACUAUGUCGCACAUUGUGUUGCUGACUGGCUCGCGGUUUGUGACCCACACCGAGUCGCUGACUCAGGCGGUUGUGGGCCUCCGCGAUGCGCGGCUUGUCGACACGCGGAUGUGCGCGCUGCGGCUGAGCCCACUCCUUGCCGCGCUCGACGUGGCCACCUUUGUCUCGCUCCACCUCAAAAAGGUGGUCAAGUCCUCGCUCUCAAUCCUCAAGCGCGAGCGCGACAAGUCGUCGCUCCUCCGCUCGGUUACGCUCCUCGCGCUCGGCGACCUUGCGCUUGCGGUCCAGCACCACAUCACGCCGUACCUCAAGGACAUCAUGGGCUGGUGCAAGACGGCGCUGACUCUCAAGAAGCGGGCGUCGUCAGUCUGCCUCCAGGCGUUGACGACGGUGGCGCGACUGGCGACUGCGCUCGGCCCGUCGUUCCUCGAAGCGCUUACGCCGAACCUUGACGCUCUCUUUGGGCUUGGCCUCUCGGAGGAGCUCAUCGACACGGUGCUCUCGAUUGCGACUGACUUGCCGGACCUGGCGGACGUGGCGUUUUACAAGCUUCUCGAUCUCGUCUCUCUCAUUCUUGCCGGCGCGCCGUUCCGACACCCGGGCACUCCUGCGCACGUCGCCACCCAUUCGCACCUCGAGCCGCUCUUGCACUCGCCACAGUUUAUGGGCAUUCUUGCAGCGUCGCAGUCGUCGACGGCCGCCAAAGUCCUCGCGCUCAAGACACUCUCCAUGUUUGACUUUGUCUCGUACUUUUUGCACGACUUUCUGGAGGGCGUGGUCUUUUCAUACCUCGAGGAUCCGGAGCCGGUCAUCCGCAAGCAGGCGGCGAUCACCAUUUGCAAGCUCAUCUCGCAGCCGUCACAGGCCACCUCGCCGCAGUUUGUGCACCGCAUCCUCAAGCGGCUGCUCAUUGUGUGCGUCUCUGAUCGCGAGCCCGAGGUGCGGCUCGAGGUUCUCCGCCAGCUCUUCUCCGGCUCGCCGGUGGUGUACCCGGCGCGGCUGUUUGCGGCGACGCGGCUGCGGACUGCCGGCGCGCGGGCCACGGCGCCUGACGGCACUGUCCUCGGCGCGCCGCUCGACGACGUAGCGGCGGCAGCAGCGGUCGAGCCGCGGCUCGCGCUCCUCUUCCAAGAACACGUCCUCCUCAACGCCACCUUUCCCACCGGCCUUGUCUUCCGCGACGUGCUCGCUGAGGCAUCGCUCGCCGAGAUCCGCAACCUCAAGGCUGCUUCUGCAAGCGGGCCGAGCAACUCCCCAGGCUCCGGUGCUACAGGCCUCACGUCGGGGAUGGGCACGCCGUUGACAGUGGCGACGUCGCCGGUUGUCUCAGGUGCUUCGUCGGCCGCGAUGGCGUCGGCGAGCAGCCUCCUUGCUCGCGGCACGGUGGCGCCACUCCCGUCUGCGGUCUCGUCGUUCCUCAUUUUGCCCGCAGGCGUGGAGCCGUCGGCGCACCCGGGCCACGCGUACGUGCUUGCGGCGACCGGACGGACACGGGCGCUCCUCCUCGACAUGUCCGCGCUGGGCGGGCUGGAGCGGAGCGAGCUGGAGCGGGCGCAGCGGCCGCCGUCGCCGGCUGGCCCGCUGGAGGUCACGUCGCACGCCGCCGAAGUGGCGGCGCUGACCAAGGGCGACUCGGGCGGUGCAGCGAACUCGCAUCCGCCGCAGGAACUCAACCCGCUCGCAGAGCCUGGGCGGGCGAGCGGCGAGACCGGGGUCUCGGAGCACACGCUCGACCUGUUUCUGGCGCAAGAAGACAAUCUGCGGGCGUUUUUCUUCACGGUCAACGACCCAGUGCUCCGGAUUCGCGAGAUGGGCCUCCGGAUUGUGGGCCGGCUCUCGACCAAAAAUCCGGCGUAUGUGCUGCCUGCAAUGCGGUCGACACUGAUGCGGCUGCUCACGCUGCUGGAGCUCUCGCUGGACCCUGUGACUCGCGAGGAGGCGGCGCACAUGCUCGGCAUUCUCAUCCACGCCUGCCCGGCGGUGGCCAAGCACUACGUGCAGCCGAUCAUGAAGCGGCUGCUUCCGAUGCUUGCCGACGGCGACAACCCGUUGCUCAACGCGCACGUGCUCCGGGCGAUUGGCGAGUGCUGCCACGUGGGCGGCUCGCAGCUGACGGUCUAUGUCCACACGCUCCUCCCGCUCCUGAUGAAGGCGCUGUCGGACUCGUCGUCGACGGUGAAGCGGUAUGUGGCGCUGCGGACGCUUGGCGACUUUGUGGUCAACACUGGAACGGUCAUUCAGCCGUACAUCGACUACCCGCACCUGCUCACGACAUUGCUCAACGUGCUCAAGACAUCGCAGCAGGUGGCGAUCCGGCGGCUGGUCAUCAAGGUCAUCGGAUCGCUGGGAGCGCUCGACCCGUUUGUCAUUGCCGAGCAGGCGCGGGUGGCGCACGAGCAGGCGUCGUCGAAGCGCGCCAAGCCCAAGAGCGGGGCCGGUAGCCUGGCGUUGACGAGCGAAGGAGGUGGAGCGGGCGGCGGGGACGGGUCUGGGACCGGCGCACCGCCACCGUCAGAGGAGGAGCAGGAGCUGCCGCUGGCGUCGCAGCUACGGCUGCUGUCGCCGUCGUCGGGCGAGUACUAUGAGCAGGUGGCGGUGGCGUGCGUCAUGUACGUGCUCAAGAGCUCGACGCUCGCGCGGCACCACAAGCUUGCGGUCUCAGCGCUGAUGCAGAUCUUCCACUCGAUUGGGAUGAACAAGACGGCGCCGUUCCUCAAGGAGUUCAUUCCUGUUCUCUUCCCGCUCAUCCGGUCGUGCGAGCCUGUCUACCGCGAGUCGCUCUUUCAGAACCUCUCGACGCUGGUGCACACGGUCAAGCAGCACAUCCGGCCGUUCCUCCCGCAGCUCUUUGAUCUUGUGGUGACGUACUGGGACGCGUCGAUUGUGAACCAGCUUGUGGCGCUGGUGGAAGAAAUCUCCAUCAUUCUGCCGGACGACUUUAAGUCGUUCCUCCCGCGGCUGCUCCCGCGGUUGCUGGGCAUGCUCGAGGCGGAGCCGGUCUUCAACGGGCCGCGGAUUCUGGCGGGCUUCCAGACCUUUGGCUCUGCGCUCGACCACUAUGCGGAUCUUGUGCUCGAGGCGAUUAUCCACAUGUUUGAGUCUGAGCUCGUGCCGGUGCGGACGCGGCUGACAGCGGUUCAAACGCUCGGCUCACUCCUGCUUGUGCACAACUUUUCUGCGCACGCGUCUCGGAUCAUUCACGCACUGCUUGCGGUGAUCGAGGGCGGGAUGCGUGUUAGCCGCGGUGGCUCGGGAUCUGCACUCGGGGUUAUUGACUACCGCGGGGUCGGGGCCGGCGGCGGCGACGACGGGUCGGUGAGUGGGGCUGGCGGCGGGUUGGGGCUCUCCUCGCUCUCGCUCUCGAUGUCGUUUGCGUCGCCGGUCGGCGGUGGAGCGGGAUCAGGCCACCUGAGCGCUGGCCCUGGCAUCGGUGGUCACGAUGGCGGAAGCGUAGUGUCGGGCAAGGGCGACGACGACGGCGGCACUGGAGACGGCGGCGGUAGCGGCGAGGCCGGGGCGGGCGGGCUCAGCUCGGCGUCUGGGCGCGAGCUCAUCCAGUCUGCGGUUUGGGUGCUCGGCGUGUUUGCGGCACAUCUCGGGAAGCAAUACAAGAUCUUCCUUCCGGCGAUUACGUCGACGUUUACGCACCUCGCGGUCCACAAUGAGGGCUUUGACGGACUGGCGCGAGCGCUGACGGUUGGAGCGGAGCUGCCGGAGUCGCUGCCGUGGUCGCGCGCGACCGGGCUCGACGAGACCGAGGCCACGCUGCGGGCCGGGACCCGUGCGCCGGGCAAGAUGACGGUCUCGACGCGGCCGCUGCUUGGGGCGUGGCGGAUUGUGCAGGUGACGACCAAGGAAGAGUGGAUGCAGUGGAUCCGGCGGGUGUCUGUUAUGCAGCUGAAGCAGAGCUCGGCGCCUGCGCUGCGUGCGUGCGGGACGAUGGCACAGAGCUACUAUCCCCUGGCACGACAGCUGUUCAACGCAGCGUUUCUCUCGUGCUGGACCGAGCUGGACGAGGGCGCGCGCGAGAAGCUUGUGCGGUGUGUGCGCGACGCGCUUGACGCGCCGAUUCCGGCAGAGAUUCUGCAGCAACUGCUCAAUCUUGCCGAGUACAUGGACCGCAACUCGCAGGCGCUGCCGAUUCCAAUCCGGUCGCUGGGUGAGCUCGCUGUCUCGUGCCGCGCGUACGCCAAGGCGCUGCGGUACAAGGAGCUCGAGUACGAGGCACAAGAGGUGAAGGACGUGGCGCUUGUGGAAGAGCUCAUUGCCAUUAACCACCAGCUGCAGGACGCCGAGGCGGCAUCAGGCGUGCUUGUGGACGCCAAGCGGUACCACAACAUCGAGCUCAACUCGUCGAUGUACGAGACACUCGGGCAGUGGAACAACGCACUUGCCGAGUACCAGAGCCUGGCGGCGAGCGACCCGCUCAACGCGGAGAAUCUUGUGGGGAUGAUGCGGUGCCACUCUGCCCUCGGCGAGUGGUCUGCGGUGGACUCGCUCUCGCAGUCUGUGUACUCGUCGUCACCCGAGGAAGCGCGGCGGCUUGUGGCACCGCUGGCGGCGACGGCGGCGUGGUCGCUGGGCGCAUGGGACCAGGCAGCGACGUAUAUUUCGCAGCUGGAUCCCGGUACUGUGGAGGGCGCGUUCUUCCAUGCGGUGCUUGCGGUGCACAAGGGCGAGUACCCGCGUGCGCGUGCGUACAUCGAGCUUGCGCGCGACGUGCUCUCGACGCAGGUUGUGGCGCUGGUGGACGAGUCGUACAACCGGGCGUACUCGCUGCUUGUGCGCGUGCAGCAGCUCGCGGAGCUUGAGGAGGUGAUUGCGUACAAGGAGUGUGAGUCGCCGGAGGUGCGGUCGCUGCGGCGCGAGGUGUGGGUGAAGCGGCUGUACGGGGUGACGGAGAACGUGCAGGUGUGGCAGCAGCUGCUUGCGGUGCGGUCUCUUGCGCUCAAGCCGGAGGAGCAGGAGGACGUGCUCGUGCGGUUUGCGUCGAUUUGUCUUUCGUCGAAGCACAUUUCGCUCUCGCACCAGACGCUGGUCUCGCUCCUUGCGCCGCACGCAUCGCCGGCGUCGGGGCUUGCGCCGUCCAAGCCAUGGGUUUCGCUUGCGGCGCUGCGGAACAUGUGGGCGUCUGGUGAGCGUGAGGCUGCGAUUGCGGCGCUCUCCGAGUUUGUGCAGCACAUUACGGACGACUCUGAGGCGUUGGCGCAGGCGUACUUGGACCUCGGCAAGUGGAAGAAGGCGGUGAUGCUCGACGGGGGCGGGCGUGUUGAGGCCGAGGCGGUGUCUGGCAUUCUGCAUGCGUUCCAUGCAGCGACGGCGUACUACAUGGAGUGGUACGAGGCGUGGCACGAGUGGGGCAUGAUGAAUGCAGAGCUGAUCCGGGCAGCGGCGGAUGCCGAGGCCGGAGUGGGGGCAGGGUCUGGCGCUGCCGCGGCAGCCGGAGCUGGGGCUGGAGCUGGAACCGAGACCGGGAUUGGAAGCAAUGGGUUUGGCAGCGGCGGCGGCGACGAGCUCGAGCUCUCGUCGUCGGUCUCGUCGCUGGAGCUGUCGGACUCUGACGAGGACGGCGAGGAGCUUGGCAGCGAUGGGAUGGGCAGAAGCGGCCGGGGCGGGCCGCUGCGGCGGAGCGGCGAGCGUGUGCGGAGUGGGAGCGGUGGCUCGGGCUCGACGGUGAUCAAGUACGUGGUUGCGGCUGUGCAGGGCUUUGUGCGGGCGAUUUGCAUGCGACAGACGGACGUGCUGCCGGACCUGCUCCGUCUUGUGACACUCUGGUUCACGUACGGACACGAGAGCAAAGUGCUUGAGCUGGUGCAGGCGUCGUUUGUGCAGAUUCCGUCCCGGAUCUGGCUCAACGUGGUGCCACAGAUUAUCGCGCGGAUUCACAACACGGACGCAGCGGUGUCUGCGUCGAUCCACACGCUGCUCUCAUCGCUGGCGCGCGAGCACCCGCAGGCGCUGGUGUUCCCACUGUGGGUGGCGGCCAAGUCGCAGUCGGCGGAGCGAGUGGCCGCGGCGGAGGCGCUGCUCAACGGCAUGCGUGCGCACUCUGCGCUGCUUGUGGACGAGGCGGCGCUUGUGUCGCAGGAGCUCAUUCGUGUCUCGAUUCUCUGGGCCGAGCUGUGGUUCGAGGGCAUUGACGAGGCGUCGCGUUGUUACUUUGGGCACAAGGACCUCAACGGGAUGCUUGAGGUGCUCACGCCGUUGCACCGAAUGAUGGCCGCGGGCCCGCGGACGACCAACGAGGUGGCGUUUGUGCAGAGCUUUGGCAAGCCACUCAAGGACGCGUACGAGCUUGUGAGGCGGUAUAUGGUGACCAAGGCCGAGGACGACUUGACGCGGGCCUGGGACUCGUACCUGCACGUGUUCCGGCAGCUUCAGCAGCAGCUUCCGCUGCAGACGUCGUUCAACCUGGAGCACACGUCGCCUGAGCUCCGGGCGCUGUCGGGACUGUCGCUGGCGGUGCCCGGCGUGUACCGUGCGGGUGAGGCAGAGUUGGCGCGAAUCGAGUCGUUUGUGCCGACUGUGGCGAUCAUCCAAUCGAAACAGCGGCCGCGGCAGCUGAGCAUCCGCGGCUCUGACGGGCUGCGGUACCGGUACUUGCUGAAGGGGCACGAAGACUUGCGACAGGACGCGCGUGCGAUGCAGCUCUUCCACCUGGUUAAUCUCUUGCUGGGGACCGAGGCGGUGACCGCGCGGAAGCGGCUGUCGAUCGAGACGUACGAGGUCAUUCCGCUCUCGCCCAACUCGGGCCUGCUGUGGUGGGUGGCGGACUACGACACGUUCCACUCGCUGAUGAAGGAGUAUCGGCGGGAGCGGCGGAUUCCGCUGGACAAGGAGCACGCGGUGAUGCGCGACAUGGGCCCGUCCAAGUUUGACACGCUCACGGUUGUGCAAAAGCUGGAAGCGUUUGAGGCUGCGCUGGAGGCGACAGACGGCAAGGACCUGGCUAACAUUUUCUGGCUCAAGUCGCCGAACGCCGAGGUGUGGUACGAGAAGCGGCUAGCGUACACGCAGUCGUUGGCGGUGAUGUCGAUGGUUGGGUACGUGCUCGGGCUCGGCGACCGGCACCCGUCAAACAUCAUGUUUGACCGGUGGUCGGGCAAGGUGCUCCACGUCGACUACGGCGACUGCUUCGAAGUGGCGAUGCUCCGCGAGCGUUACGCGGAAAAGGUGCCGUUCCGGCUGACGCGGUUUAUGGUCAACGCCAUGCACGUGGCCGGGAUCGAGGGCAACUUCCGGGCGACGUGCGAAGACGUGAUGGAGCUGCUGCGCAACAACCGCGACUCGCUGAUGGCGGUGCUCGAGGCGUUUAUCCACGACCCGCUCGUCUCGUGGCGGCUCAACGUGGACGCCGGCGCCGGCGGGACCGACCUCAACGCCAAGGCGCGGCGGGUGGUGGACCGGGUGGCGGAUAAGCUCGUUGGGCGCGACUUUGACCCGGGCGUCAAGCUGGGUGUCAGCGAGCAGGUCGACCGGCUCAUCCGCGAUGCGACGGCGCACGAGAACCUGUGUGUCUGCUUCCAGGGCUGGUGCGCGCCGUGGUAAAGAGAAGGAGAGUAGGGA